AUGGCUGACCAGGAGAACAAACCUCCCAGUCAUUGGGCGGAGACUUAUGUGGACAACUCACUACCGACGAUCCCAUACCCUCCAAAUCCACAGCCUCAGAAUGGGAUCACGGACGACAACACGCAAAACAUCCAAGGCGCGGCUGUUCUUCCAUCUCCGAGAGCUGAUCAAAUGCUCACCCCUGUCCACAGCCCAUAUCGAAAUUGUGACCUUUUUGGUAACUAUUCUCACAACAUAGAUACGCCGGCUUCUCUACAAUAUGGAUAUGACCAUGCACCUUUGCCUUUCCGCUUGCAACAAUAUAACGGCAUUCAUCCGAAUAAUGUGCGAAACUACCAAGGCACGAAAACUCCCCAACACAACGCAUUGGUGGGAGCGAGUAGCCCUCUGAAUCCGUUUGCUCCUAUGCCAAAAGUGAGCAGCCACAAUCCAGGCCGUAUACUUAAUCCAGCUGCGCAAGAGUAUACAAAUUACAGCAAUCCCGUGCCGCAGGUUCAUAGCGCGCCACAAGGGUGUGGGCCAUUUAAUAAUGGUACUGCUAGACAACAAGCAAUACCCCAAUACAACAGUCCUUUGCAUGUGACCACACCAGUUGCAUCGCAUUCGUAUGGAGGUACUAAAACGCCAAACUCUAGCCAGUAUCCGUCGACUGCCCAGGUCAGUGAUAAACGAGGUCAGGGCUUGACACAUUCCCAAGUUCUAGGGAAACCACAAUGGAGAGCCAAAGGUUCUCCAUUACCACGAUCAACACCAGCAGGCAAGUCUGACAGCAGUGGCAUUGCCACUCCUGAAAACGACGACAUUGCCAUCCAACGAAAGCCAGCCAUGGUACCUAAGACGUACCCUCUGCAUGCCGAGCAUCUAAUGCCUGGGUGCAUUGUAUGGCUGUCAAACUACCAAGAAGGACAUGAACCAAUUUUAUGUGUCCAGAACCAUGAGUGUAACGACAAGGUGAAAGAAAAGGAUGGCCGUAAUCACCCGAUGACAACUCUCGGUGGUCUAACUCUGGACAUGUACGUCAACAAGCUGCGUACACUUGGACCAGACCCUUCAAAACAAUGGUAUUUUCAAGAGACGAUGCCAUUAUCUUGGAUUCCAAUACGAACACCCCAGCAGAAGGGUGACAAGCUUGACGCAGUGCAGAAGCACGAGCAGAACCAAGAGUCGCAGCACCAUGCUGACGCGGCAAAACCUUGUUGUAUCUCUCGCGGGGUAGCAUGCAGAGACGGUCGUACAUGCGUGUACAUCACAUCUACGCCGUCCCCAUCAAGCAGCUGCAAGCUUGCAGCCGUAUCGAGAAAAGCGUUUGCGGCUGCUCCGCAACGCCUUAGAAACCUUCGAGACGAGGAGAUGGCACAAUUCAAUGCCAUUCAAUUGGCUGAAAGCCAAGCUCGUCAAGAUGAAGCUGCCAUGCAGCAAGGCCCGAACGUCGCCACAGCAAAGCCCAUUGGGUGA